UACACGUCAGUGUUUAGGUUUUAAUAUAGGAGAAAAUAAUAGGCGGAAAGUUCAUCAGAAAAUCGGUGGCUAGUCAGAAAAUAAUGCGGCGACGAUGACCAAUGGAGGCAAAAAGCAAUUUGCAUAACGAUUAAAUAACAGAAUAUACACAGCGAGCAAAGAGCACGAAAAAGCGUCGUGCGGUUCCAAAAUUUGACCAAAAACGGACACAAAAUCUAUAAAGGCCGCACAACAACAACGCGGCAAUCGUCAGAAAGGGGAGGGCAGGUGCAACGGUAUAGAUUAGCCACAACAUCUGCCACGCUAGACACAUCUGACGUGCGUGUCGUUUCGGACAGCAACUUCAAAUCACGCCCACAUCAUCCGCACCCACCUGAGAGAGAGACAAGGUACACGUAGCUAUGGCCUUGCCUUUAAGCGAUCUACUUAUGCUAGGCAGUGGUGAGAAGAGGCUUGCCGCCUGUGUGGUGCUGCUGCUCUUGGAGCUCUUCCUGGAAGGCGCCGAGGCAGUGCCCAACCAGGCCGAUAUCGACAACCAUCUGGAGUUGGGCAAAGAGUUCUUGGCCCGCGGACAUCUGUCGGAUGCACUGACGCACUACCAUGCGGCUGUCGAGGGCGAUGCCAACAAUUAUCUGACGCUGUUCAAGCGGGGCACAGUCUAUCUGGCCCUGGGCAAGACACGCUUUGCCAUUCAGGACUUCAGUCGCGUCCUCGAGUUGAAGCCCGACUUCACGGCGGCACGUGCCCAACGCGGUCUAGUGCACAUGAAGAGCGGCGAAUACGAGCAGGCGCUGACGGACUUUAGUGUGGUGCUCCGGGAGGAACCAAACAAUGCUCUGGUCAUUGAACAGUACUCGCGACUGGAGCCGGCCAACGAGCAGUGGCAUAAUGUGCAGCAUCAUGUUUCCCAUGGCGACUAUCACAAUGCCAUUAAUUUGAUCACACAGCUUUUGGAGCUGUCGCCUUGGUCGGUGCCGUUCCGGCAGACACGCUCCGAUCUCUACAUCAAGGUAAACGAUGCUAUCGCAGCCAUUUCCGACCUCAGGCAGGUGAACCGCCUGACCCAGGACAGCACGGAGGGGCACUACAACAUUGCCAAGCUGCUGUACACGAUUGGACAUGCCCCCAAUGCCUUGAAGGAGAUACGCGAGUGCCUGAAAUUCGAUCCAGAGCACAAGCUGUGUUUCCCCUUCUACAAGAAGCUGCGAAAGGUGGAGAAGCAGCUGACGAAUGCCGAGGAGGCCAAGGAGGAGAAACAGUUCUCCGACUGCAUAGCCGCUGGCGAGGCGGUGCUCAAGCACGAGCCCGAGGAGACCAUGAUACGCUACGAGGCGCACAAGAUUCUCUGCAAUUGCUACACUGGCGACGAGGAGUUUGGCAAGGCGCUGACACAGUGCAAGGAAGCGCUGGAUAUCAUGAAGGACGCCCAAGUGUACUGUGAUCGUGCCGAGGCUCUGAUCGGCACCGAAAUGUAUGAUGAUGCCAUACACUCGUUCCAGGCAGCCCUCGAGCUGGACGAGAACAGCCAGCGGGCCAAGGAGGGUAUACAGAAGGCCAAGAAGCUGCAGAAGCAGGCCGAGCGCAGGGACUACUAUAAGAUACUGGGCGUAAAGCGCACGGCCAACAAGCAAGAGAUUGUCAAGGCGUACCGCAAGGCGGCCCAGAAAUGGCAUCCGGACAACUUCAGGGACGAGGAGAAGAAGGUGGCCGAAAAGAAGUUCAUUGAUAUCGCAGCGGCCAAGGAGGUACUUACAGAUCCCGAGAAGCGGCGCCAGUUUGACGAAGGCGAGGAUCCCCUGGACCCUGAGGCGAACCAGCGCGGUGGUGGCCAGCAUCCGUUUGCCCACUUCCAGCACGGAUCGCCCUUCCAGUUCAAGUUCCACUUCAAUUAGUCAGCCAGCGCCAGCGCCACUUAGCAGCCAGCCAUUUGUGUCAUUUGUUAAGAGUGAUUCGUUUCUUUGUGAUGUCCUUGCAUCGCCGGCCCCCGCCCUCAAGCAGAUCCCUGUCCCAGAUCCUUACGAUUUUACACAAAACUUGUUUUCCACUCUUGAAUAGCGUGUAAAUAGUAGAAUAAAGAUCCCUAUCCCCUUGUUCCGAUAAAACUCUUAAAACUGAAAGCAGAAACACACACAACAAAAUGCAAAACACUGAACCUUUACAUUUAAUUAGUUUAUUUAAUACAAAUAAUUAUAAUGUAGUACAUUUUUCUAAUUAUGUAUAAAGCGGAAAUCAUAAGCAAAACAAGAAAUAAAAGACUUGGCGAUUGAACUCUA